AUGCUAGUCACCUGCCUCGGCGUCUUUGCCUUAAUCGAUUACCUAUACCGCCUCUCAGGAAUAUCUGGUCUCUCUCAGAGCUAUCGAUCGAUACCCCUGACACGCUGGAUACUGAAUCUUGUGAUAUCUCAACAUCUCAAGGUUGCGCCACCUCGACAUCCCACCAUGGACACUUUACUCACCGCUGAGAUUGUGGCCAACUCCCCACGAUUCCGUCGCAAGUCCUCAAUCUUUGUCGAUGCAAUUCAUGACUUGCCGGAAAAGGCGGAUUUGGCUCCGGCCCAGCUGUACAGCACCGAAUCUGGUCGGCUUUUCCAUUCGGGCCGCAUUGUGAUCAUUACCGUCGGCUUGCCUGCCAGAGGCAAAACACAUAUCUCAGUAGCUUUGGCACGAUACCUGCGAUGGCUUGGUGUCAAAACCAGAAUCUUCCAUCUAGGCGACUACCGUCGUGCCACAAUUCCAUUUGGCGAGGACAUGCCAGAUGAUUAUUUCUAUGUCAAUGCGACUGCCAAGUCCGUUCUUCUACGCCAAAAGAUUGUGAGAAAAUGCCGAGAAGACAUCUAUCACUUUUUGAAUCAUGAAAAUGGUCAAAUAGCGAUAUAUGAUGCCGUCAACCCGCUAGUCUCAGGACGGCGCUCGCUUGCCAAGGAGUUUGCGAAGCAUGAUAUCGAGACCCUGUUCAUUGAGUCGUGGUGUGACGACGAACGCAUCAUUGAAGAGAAUGUUCGCAGAGUCAAGAUCUCCUCCCCUGAUUACGUCUCGUGGAAAUCAGAAGAUGCCGUGAAGCAUUACUUGAACCGUAUCUAUUCUCGGAUCCCCCAAUUCCAGACCAUGGAGGAAAAGGACUUGAACUUUAUCAAGAUGAUCAAUGCCGGCGAGAGAUUGAUUGUCAACAAUCGAAGCUUCGGUUAUCUCUCUAACCGUAUCGUCUUCUAUCUUCUAAAUCUCCAUAUCAAAUCGAGACGCACGUACUUCGCUCGGGCUGGCGUUUCGCUAGACGCAGGUUCAUACAAAGCCGAUACUUCGCUAUCGGAUCAGGGGGAAGACUACGCCAAGAAAAUGACGGCACGUCUUCUAGCUCACCGGGAAGAAGAAAAGCAAGCAAUGAUUGAACGAGGAGAGACUGGCUAUGAGUCAAGGCCCUUGAAGGUUUGGACUUCCACACGCCGCAGAACAGUGGAAACCGCAAAGUACUUCCAUGAAAACGGAUAUAAAGUCCGACAGAGGUCCCAAUUGAGCCAACUGAACCCUGGUGUUUGUGAGAAGAUGUCUGAGGAUCGUAUCCGAGCAGAGUUUGGUGACGAGGUUGCUAAGCACGAGCUUGAUCCCUACCACCACCGUUAUCCACGGGCAGAGUCCUAUCAUGACUUGGCUGUUCGCCUCGAGCCAAUUAUUCUUGAAUUGGAGAGGGAGCAAACCGAUCUGCUCAUCAUUGCACACGAGAGUGUCUUGAGGGUUUUGUAUGGCUAUCUCAUGGCCUGCAAUGCUGCAGACAUUCCGUUCCUUGAAUUCCCUCGCGAUGAGAUCAUUGAGAUCCUUCCCGAGAGCUAUCAGAACGAGGCACAGCGAAUCCAUAUCCCCGACCUCCCCGAAGAGAUUAUCCCGGCCUCUCCAGAGGAUUUGAAGAUCCCAGUGCCCCCAAGUGGGGUGGUAUCACCGGCGCAAGGGCUUGGUAGCCCAGAUGGUCAAGUAACCCCACAGAGUGGUCAUCGAACACCCAGUGGAAUCCGAACACCGCGUGAGCGCGAACGGAUCUCACAACAGCAUGUUGAAGAUGUGGUCUAG